GUCUUCUACUGCACUGCAUUGAAACAGUAUAAUAAUAACAAUAAUAAUCUCAUUUCACCUCUCUAUAGUUAGCAUACCUUUUCUUUUUACUCACCCUUUAAUGCUUGUAUUAAGAUUCUAGCUUCUAAUCACUUACAGUCCUGUAUUGCGAUACCAUUGGAGAGACUAAAAAUGCCAUUCGGAUUAGUCUCCGCCUGGAACAAAAGGAGGAGGAGCAAAUCAGAGGAUCAGAAUAGUCCCUGUAUAAGCUUUGAUCCAUUUCUUGUUUUGGUUCGAAUAAUGUGCACUCAUUGUAGGACAUACAAGCCUGUGGAGUUCUGGCAGAUUGAAUAUGGAAAUCCACCAGCUAAAAGAAGAAGCGCAACCACAGUGUUUACACUCAAAGAAAUGGAGGAGGCAACGUGUUCCUUUAGCGAAGAUAACCUUCUUGGGAAAGGAGGAUUCGGUCGAGUAUAUAAAGGCACUCUAAAAUCCGGGGAGGUGGUUGCAAUCAAGAAAAUGGACCUACCACCUUUCAAGGAAGCCGAAGGGGAAAGGGAGUUUCGGGUAGAGGUAGACAUCCUAAGCAGAUUGGACCAUCCGAAUCUUGUAAACUUAAUAGGCUAUUGUGCUGACAGGAAGCAAAGGUUUCUUGUGUACGAAUAUAUGCACAAGGGCAACCUUCAAGAUCAUUUAAAUGGAAUCGGAGAAGUCAAGAUGGAUUGGCCUCUAAGACUCAAGGUGGCUCUCGGAGCAGCAAGAGGACUUGCAUACCUCCAUUCUAGCUCAGAUGUUGGGAUUCCCAUAGUUCAUAGAGACUUCAAGUCCACCAAUAUUCUUCUUGACGACAACUAUGAUGCAAAGAUAUCAGAUUUUGGGCUAGCAAAGAUAAUGCCAGAAGGCCAGGAAACUUGUGUGACAGGAACAGUUCUAGGUACUUUUGGCUACUUCGACCCGGAGUAUACCUUGACAGGAAAACUCACACUACAGAGUGAUGUCUACGCAUUCGGAGUCGUCCUACUCGAACUUCUGACAGGAAGAAGAGCAGUGGACCUGAACCAGGGACCGAGUGAUCAGAACUUAGUGCUUCAGGUUAAGAAUAUACUGAAUGAAAAGAAGAAGUUGAAACGGGUGAUUGAUCCUGAGCUGAGACGGAGUUCAUACACAAUGGAGUCAAUAGCUAUGUUUGCAAACCUAGCAUCACGCUGUGUCCGAACAGACAGUCAAGAGAGGCCCUCAAUGAUAGAAUGCGUGAAAGAAUUACAACUGAUCCUCUGCAUUAAUACUAAAGGAUUGGGGAUGGCAAUGCAUACACUCAGGAUGAUUUGAGGCCCAGGUUUUGUUCGAAAAUAAGAGAACAAGUUACAGAGUGGCCAAAGAAAUGGGAUUUUCAAAUCAGAAGCUAAUCUGAGAACAUUCCCGGAGUUCAGUAGAGACAAGCACAACAGAUUUCUCAGAUAAUUAAUGUGUUAAUGCGCACAACAGUCAUAUCAAAUGGUAAUGUGUUGAUAAAAUGCAAACAACAUCAAUUCAAAAUCACACAGUUUUCAGACUAUUGUGUGAUAAUACUUUAUGAUAUUGUUUUGAUUAUCUGAUAGUCUUUUGGCCACAAAA